AUGGCCGAAGCUCGAGGUGAGCCAUCGUCGUUCGACGGGGCCUCUGACCUUCCACCGUUUCCAGACGACGGAAGCCCUUUCGAGCAGAAACCCACGCAUCUUCUGGAUCAAGAUGAGCACCUAUCGCCGCCGGCUGCGAAGAAGCAGAGGACCGACGCCGGCCCCGAUGAGGAGAUUUCAAUCGACGCCCAAUUCUCCACUCCAGACAUUCAUGGACCGGGCCAUAGAAUCGAAGAGGAAAUCGCCAAUGCGCUAGCUGAGGAGAAUAGCCAUGCGCUUUCGUCCGCGAACAAUGCCAAUGAGAAGACGGAAUCGCAAUCUCCAGCGCAGGCCACACCUGCGCCAGAAAGCACGCCCCACACCAGCUCUGCCGCCAAUGUGAAUCCGGCUCCUAAUACACACCCCGAUGUGAGCUCAAUGAUCACAGAUAUACUGGAUCACACCGAGCGACAGGAGCAGACCGUCGCAAUGGGUCCGCAGGAGGUGCCUCCGUCCGGCGAAUUCUCCGGUGCAAAGGGCUACGCAUUUCUCAAUCUGAAGGCCAACUCUCACCUCAAGAUCCAAAGCCUACCCAUUCUGGAUAACCUAGUAAGUCUGCGCCUGGGAUUCGACUUUCAAGACCCUCCUGACCGAAGAUUAACACAGUCAACCCAAAUUCUGUCAUUUCUCUCCAAAAACAGCUACCAGGACUUGACCGCGAUGGUAUCCGAACCCGAGUCCGAGGAUGGCCAAGCGUAUGCGACCAUGCGCUCGUUAUUUGACCACACAAAGCGCGUCUAUACGAUCAAGCGCUCAUUCCUUCAGCCGUCUGAUGUCGAGGUCACUGACUCGUCGCAACUUGACGUUCUUCGAAAAGCCAACUUGGCAUCUUUUGUUUCAAGCAUCUUCGGUUCUCAGGAGAUCGGCUUCGCGGAGUUGAACGAGCAUUUUCUCGACGUUUUUGUGCCUGAGGGCGGCCGCCUCCUCAAGGUUCAGGCCGCUUUGUAUCUGGAAUUGAAGACUCAGGCCUUCAUCGCUGCGAUGAACACCAAGUCCCGCACAAGGACACAGCUGUUGUACGAGCUGUUCCCUGAAGACAUGGAGCAAAGGCUUCUUGCAAGACGACCAGGCACUCGACAGCUUGCGCCGAGUGAGACGGAUUUUGUCAACCGACUGACUUCGCGCCGUGACAUCCUCUUAAAUGACGUCCACAACGAGGACGCACUGAAGGCGCUGCCCGACAAGUAUCACUGGGAAGAUUUUCUUCGCGAUCUGAGCUCAUAUAUUGCGAAGAACUUUGACUCGAUUAAUAUGCAACAGGGAAAGAAACCUAUCAAAGGUCGUCAAGCGUCCACGUCGGCUAGUGAUGUACAGGAGGCGUCGAGCACUACGCACCAGAGCCAAUUUCCCGUCAAUCAGCCCGUCGAGGUUCCCGUGGACCGUAAUAUGCAUGGAGACCUGGUGGCCCGCGCAGCUCGUGCAGCGCAGAUUGCCUUGCAGGGCCACGGUCUUCGUCGGUCCCAACAGCAACAGCAGCAACAGCAACAGCAGGCUCAGCCACAGUCCCAGGCCACUUCAUCGCCCUCCCAUAGCUCAUCAAUGCCUUUGCCUCAACAACACCAGCCCCAACAAUUACCACAGUCCCAUCAGCAGCAGCAGUCUCAACCUCAUCAGUUGCCUCAGACUCAAGCUCCGCCUCCGCCUCAAACUCAGCAUCAAUCACCACAUGCGGCCCAAGGCGACAACCAAUACCUGCACGGAUAUGCUCCCGUCCAGCAGUCCAAUCAGUCCGCUCAACAGCAGCAAUAUCAUCAUAGUCCUACGCCACCAGGCGGAUAUCAACAGUCACCAGGCAUGGCGUUCCAGCAAAGCCCGAUGCAAACGAAUUUCCAACAGUAUAACCCAAACGCGGCGCAAGUAAUGCAAGCUCGCGCUAACGGGAUGUCUCCCGGCAAUCAUGGAUACAUGCCAGGGAUACCUCACUAUUCGCAGUCCCAGCCUACACAGGUCCUCUAUGAAAGAGCGCGUAUGGCAGCAUCUGCAAAGUCUUCUCCUACCAACCGAAAGGCCGGAUUGCCCAGUCAGCGUCGCCCGUGGACAACCGAGGAAGAGAAUGCUUUGAUGGCGGGUCUGGACCGCGUGAAGGGUCCCCACUGGAGUCAAAUUCUCGCCAUGUUCGGACCCGGCGGCACCAUCAGCGAGGCACUGAAAGAUCGCAACCAGGUGCAACUCAAGGAUAAGGCUCGCAACUUGAAGCUGUUCUUCCUCAAGAGCGGAAUCGAAGUGCCCUAUUACCUGAAGUUCGUAACCGGAGAGUUGAAGACUCGCGCGCCGGCCCAGGCUGCCAAGCGCGAAGCUCGAGAACGGCAGAAGAAGCAGGGGGAGGAAGACAAGGCCCACGUCGAAGGCAUCAAGGGCAUGAUGGCUCUUGCUGGAGCUCAUCCUUCGCCGGUUGGGGGUCACGAGAUGUCCGCCUCGCCCAGCUUACCACCGGAUGCCAAUGCUCAGUCCAUGUUUGACCAGACAGCGGAACAGAACCUGAUGCAAACGCUGAGUCAGGAGGUCCACGGCAGUCAAUACCCCCAACAACAUCCUGCACCGACUCAAGAUCAUCACAUUGAUCCUCACAUGCAGCUGGGUCAAUAA